UCUCUCUCCCUCUCUCUCUCUCUCCGCGGCAUCUCUUAGAGGAGUGGAAAACACUUGGGGUUCGAAGAACAGAGCAUCUCUUCCAUUCUUUUUUCCCUUGUUUCUUCCCUCUGUCCUCUCAAGUUUCCUCUUUUCUCUCAUACCAACCUUAAUCCCAUUCUUUAGCGUAGUUAUUCCCCUCAAAUCCGUGGUUUCCUCAAAUGGUGAGCUUUAUCGAAGAGAAACAGAGAAUGGCGACUCAAAACGUCGUCGUGUCGGACGCCAAGUCCGGCAUCAUCGCCGUAUCUGUCGCCAACCCCUCCGUCUUCCCGCCAUCAGCCCAGAAACCUCCGACGGCGCUUGGUUACAUCUCGAUUUCCAGGAAGAAGCUCCUCAAGAACCUCGAAAUCAAUGGCGGUCAGAGAAUCAACGCCUGGGUUGACUCCAUGCGAGCUUCUUCCCCUACCCACCUCAAGUCAGUGCCUUCUCUUUCCGCCGAAGAACGAAACUCUUGGAUCAUGCAACAUCCUUCGGCGCUGGACAUGUUCGAACAGAUCAUCGAAGCUUCAAGAGGGAAACGAAUCGUUAUGUUCUUGGACUACGAUGGCACGCUUUCUCCCAUCGUCGACGAUCCCGACAGAGCUUUCAUGUCCAGCAAGAUGAGAAGAACAGUGAGAAAACUAGCAAAGUGUUUCCCGACCGCUAUUGUGAGCGGAAGAUGCGGAGACAAGGUGUAUGAAUUUGUGAAAUUAGCAGAACUGUAUUAUGCUGGUCGUCAUGGCAUGGACAUCAAAGGCCCUACCAAAGGCUUAUCCAAAUACAAUAAGGACAAACAACCAUCUGUUCUCUUUCAACCGGCAAGCGACUUUCUUCCCAUGAUCGACGGGGUUUAUAAACAACUUAUGGAGAAAACAAAAUCAACCCCCGGAGCCAAGGUGGAGAACAACAAAUUUUGCGUCUCUGUUCAUUUCCGGUGCGUCGAUGAGAAGAAAUGGAGCGAAUUGGCUCAACAGGUUCGGUCGGUACUCAAGGGGUACCCAAAGUUGAGGCUGACCCAAGGUCGGAAGGUGUUAGAAAUCCGUCCUACAAUUAAGUGGGACAAAGGGAAGGCCCUUGAGUUCUUAUUAGAGUCACUUGGAUUUGGAGAUUGUAACGAUGUUUUUCCUGUGUAUAUCGGUGACGACCGAACGGAUGAGGAUGCAUUUCAGAUUCUAAGAGAGAGAGGACAAGGGUUUGGAAUUCUUGUCUCCAAGAUCCCCAAGGACACCAAUGCGUCGUAUUCUUUGCAAGAACCGGCCGAGGUAAUGGAUUUUUUGCAACGGUUGGUGGACUGGAAACAGAUGCAUCCAAGAAUGUGAGGGCGGACGAUUAAUUACCAAUAGUAGAUUCAAAAUAAAUAAUAUAAACGGAUAUAUAAAUAUAUAUACACACACAUAUACGCCUAACCUUUCACGGAUGCGUAGCACAAGCUCUUAACAUGCCAGGGGAUGUUCUUGUUCAUCAUAUUUUUUUAGGAAAAAUAUGAACAAGAGGGAAUAUUAAUUUAUACAUAUAUAUAUAUAUAUAUAUGUACAUAUUUGAUAUGGUUUUUUUUUUUGGUGGGGGUCUAUUUUGUAUGGACUCGAGGGCCUCUGUAAUCUUCUAGUUAGGUGUGUUCAACGGCGUAUACACACCGCACUUUGUAAAAUUACUCAAGUGUGUAUUAAUUGAUGUGUAGCCAUAUUUUCCCGCU